CUUCUAACUAGUUCACCCUGAACCUAAAAUAACAGAAAAAAAUGGAAAGAGAAAUAGAAGAGAAGAUAACUGAAGGAGAAACGCCAUCCUCCGCCGUAUCUGAUGAGUCAACGCCUCUAUUGCCGACUGAUCCUCCGGUGACAAAGUCUGUCCGCACAAAAGUGCCUGAGAUCGAGAUCCAUCUAUACCGACAAGGCAAAGGUCCGAUUGAAGUGUUUAAGUCGGCUCUCGGCGGUUGGGAACAAGACCAGCUUGAAGUUCAAGAAAUUCUAGACAAGUAUGGAUUCAAGUCGCUAUAUGCCUUCAGCCGUGAUAAUGGACGCAGUGCCCCGAUCCGCUUUAAUCCGAGGAACGGCCGAUCCUUGUUGCCUUAUACCGAUGGAUCCGUAAUCUAUAUUGACGGCGAGAUCAAGGACUCUUUGAUCAAGCCUAUCACAAAAGUCUUUUUGAGCGUCUCAUUCUUAACUAUUAUGCUCGCGGUGCUCAUGAAAGAGUAUCCCAAUUGGAUGCAGAAAUUGAACGUCUCUGGUAGCAACUUCCCUCCAUGGGCAUUGGCUUGCAUAGUUAUUGUUUUCACACGCAUGAGGAAGAGGACCAAGGUCUUUCUGAAAAAUCGCGGAUGGUAAAAAUCUUUUUAAGGUUAAAACUUUGCCUUUGUCUAAAUAAUUCCCAUAAUUUACUAUUUAAUAUCUGAUAGAUCUUUCUAAUUUAUAUUAAUCAAAAACACAUUUUUCGGUUCAAUUUCGCUUAAUGGAACUAACAUAUCUUGUUAGAAGUGGA